GGGUUUUAAUGGUUAAAUCAUCAUUGGUUAACAAGUCAACACUUGGAGCUUUUUUUAAUAGAAAUAUUAAGAAAAUUGAAAAUAAGGAGGAUUCUAAAGAGGAGAAUGUUUCAUUACUUAAAAAAAGAAAAAUAUUUGAGGAUUUAUCAGGAAAUAAGGAAAACAAAGCUAAUUCUGAAUUGAAUUUACCAAGUACUAAUGAAUCUGGUUCUAUAAUAUGUGUUUUGAAGGACGAAAAUGUAGAAAAAUCUGAAUCUAAUAAGUUUUUACAAGAAAAUGAGAGAAAUAGUUCACAAAAAGAACCUAUUUUAUAUUCAUUUCUUUGUGAGACCUUUGAAAAAAUAGAGGGUACAACUAAAAGAUUGGAUAUUCUUUCUUAUACUACGGAUUUUUUAUUUUCAGUAUUAAAAAAAUCACCAGAAAGCUUAUUACAGUGUCUAUAUUUAAUGAUAAACAAAGUAUCAUCAGACUAUGAAGGAUUGGAGUUAGGAAUUGGAGAAUCCUUAUUAAUUAAAGCAAUUGGAGAAUCUAUGGGUCGAAAUAUAACAAAAAUAAAAGAAGAUUAUAAAGAAUAUGGUGAUCUUGGUCUUAUUGCAAUGAAUUCACGGAAUAAUCAACCUACAAUGUUUAAAUUUGCAGUUCUUACAGUGUCUAAUGUGUUUAAAUCAUUAAAAGAAAUAGCUACAACAUCAGGAAAAGAUUCACAAGUAAAAAAGUUAGGAAUUAUAAAGAAGCUUUUGUCAUCUGCAAAUGGGAAUGAAACAAAAUUUAUUAUACGUUCAUUAGAAGGAAAAUUAAGAAUAAGACUAGCAGAAAAAACUGUUUUAAUAUCUUUGGCACAUGCAGCAGCAAAAAUGGAAGCAGAAAAGGAUAAUUCAAUUGUUACACCUUCAUAUCUUAUCAAUGCAGAGAAUGUUAUUAAACAAGUUUUUAGUCAGGUUCCUUCUUAUGAUAUAAUUGUUCCUACACUUCUUACUCAUGGUAUUAAAAAUCUUUCUAAACAUUGUAAAUUGACUUCAGGAAUUCCUUUAAAACCUAUGUUAGCAAAACCUACAAAGACAAUUUCUGAAGUUCUUGAUAGAUUUGAAAAUCAUAAUUUUACAUCUGAAUAUAAGUAUGAUGGAGAACGAACACAAAUUCACCUUACAGAUAAUGGUGAAAUUAAAGUAUUUUCAAGAAAUUCAGAAAAUAUUUCUGAUAAAUAUCCUGAUAUCAUUGAAAUUGUACCAAAAGUUAUUAAAGAUGGAAUAACAAGUUUUGUAUUAGAUUGUGAAUCAGUUGCAUGGGAUAGAACAAAAAAAAUGAUUCAACCUUUCCAAAUCUUAAGUACAAGGAAAAAAAAAGAAGUUAAUGUCGAAUCAAUUAAGGUUAAUAUUUGUAUAUUUGCAUUUGAUAUAUUAUAUUUAAAUGGAGAGCCUCUUAUAUUUAAACCACUUAAUGAAAGAAGAGAUAUAUUAUUUCAAUCUUUUAAACCUUUAGAAGGGAUUUUUUCUUUUGUUCAAUUUAAUGAUACAAAAUCUCUAGAAGAUAUUCAAAUGUUUCUGGAAAAAAGUAUUCAAGAUAGUUGUGAAGGUUUAAUGAUUAAGAUUCUUGAUGGUGAUGAAUCAGCAUAUGAACCCUCUAAAAGAAGUAGGAAUUGGUUAAAAAUUAAAAAAGAUUAUAUGUCAAAUAUUGGUGAUUCUUUGGAUUUAGUUGUUUUAGGUGGAUUCUAUGGUAAAGGAAGACGUAAAAAUACAUAUGGUGCUUAUUUACUCGGGUGCUAUGAUCCUGAUAAAGGUGUUUAUGAAACAAUUUGUAAACUUGGUACUGGAUUUUCUGAUGAAAUCUUGGAAUCAUAUGCUACUUUUUUUAAUAAUCAUAUCUUAGAACAUAAAAAAUCAUAUUAUCAUCAUAGCACAAAAGGUGAACAACCUGAUGUAUGGUUUCAACCAGUAGCUGUUUGGGAAGUUUUAGCUGCUGAUUUAAGUAUCAGUCCAAAAUAUUUGGCUGCUGUUGGAAUGGUCGAUCCUAAUAAAGGAAUAUCUUUAAGAUUCCCUAGAUACAUUAGAUCUAGAGAUGAUAAAACACCUGAACUUGCUACUACUUCUCAACAAGUCGCUCAAAUGUAUCAAACUCAAAUUUCAAAACUUAGCACAUUUAAUCAUGAAAUUGAUGAUGACUAUGAUUAUUAAUAUUUUCUCAUUCUAUAUUUACUCAUUUCAUACAAUUAU